AUGGCAGAUCAAUUGAAUGCAUCCUUCAUUAAACAGUCCGAGGAUAUAAUUCAAUAGAAGAAAGAAGAAAUUCUUUAGUUCUUUGAUCAGAAAGGCUACAAGGCUGAUUCAGCAUUUGACGAUUAACUUUGGUUUUUUCCAGAAAUCAAUUAGGACUAAGAACACAUUCUAUGGAAGGUGAUAAGUGAUACAAUUGGACAAGAUUAAGUUUACGAUGAGAAUGUAGGGUUUUUCAUUUAAUUAGUUUGCAUCAGAAGCAACCAUUGAUACCUUUGUAUAGAAACUAUUGGAUUAAGCAAAAAUGAUACAUUUGAAAAUACUUGAUUUCCAAAAAAACAUUGAUUAUUUCAAGGAUGAACUUACCAAUUUUGAUAGGUUUUCAAAAGUCAUUGAAGCUAGUAAUAAAAACUAAAAUAUUUAUCUUAGAUAAACCUGAAUAUAAUCAAGAAAAUGCAUUAGUCAUCUCCUUUGUAGAUCAAGUCAAUUAGAUAAGCGAAAUGUAAAAAGUAUCAACCAAGAUCUAUUGUAUAGUUUUAUAAGCUGAAAUACAAAGUUGGAACAAUUCAUUAAAAUUAUCAACCACUGUAUCCAGAGAAUUCAAAUCGAUCUACAUGCGUCUCUCUAGAUAAUACUAUAGAUUCUUUAACCCUUGUUGUGAUGGGAAAACGACUCGAUAAAAAUUUGGGAGAUGCCAGAACUUUGGGAGAAGAUUUUAAAGAACUUGCUCAAAUUAAAAUUCCUAUUCUUGAUAUCUAUCAAUAAAUUAGACCAAGACAUUUUGCACUCCCAACUAUACCAUAAUGCUACUUGAUAGUAAAUUACUAGGACUAAAGUUUGGAUGCUCCUUAUAUAGACAAUGUCACUGUAAACCUAAGAUUUGAUGUGAGACUCUCAUAUGAUGAUAGAAUCAAUAUUAUCAAGUAACAAAAAGAAUUUAAGAGUGGGUUGAUUGAAGUAAUCUAAUCAUAUUAAUAAUCUCUAGAAAUUCUAAGAAAAACUCAAACUAAGAUUAACUCAGAUGGAAUAGCUUUUGUGUCCAUUCAAAUAGAAUCCCAAAUUAUAAUACGUAACUGCUAAGGGAAUAGGAUUGAAAUAGGAUUUCAAAGAUGAACCUAUUAAACCUAAAAAUGAUAGAAAUAAGGAAGACAUAAAACCACCUAAGGAAAGGGAAACAUGUUGCAUAAUUUAAUGAAUAAAUAUGAUAUCUUCAAC